CCGAAAAAAAAAAAAAGGGUCCAAAACAGCCCAAAAAACCCAAUCUUCUAAGAUUCAGACUUAUUCAGAUAUUCUGCUCUCUUUUCUCCAAACUCCUUUGCUCUCAUCCUUAAACAAUUAUGGGAUUAGCUAAUUACAUAACAGCGGUUCUCAAUUUCGCAGCCUUCCUUUGCUCCAUCCCCAUCAUUGCAGCCGGCAUCUGGUUCGCCCAAAAGCCUGACAACGUUUGCAUCCACCUUUUUCGGUGGCCUGUCAUUGUCCUUGGCUUCCUCAUCCUCCUUGUCUCCCUUGCUGGUUUUGUCGGCGCCUGCUUCUACAAGAAGACUCUCUUGGCCUUCUAUCUUUGCUGUAUGGCCAUCCUCAUUGCUCUCCUCCUCAUCUUGUUGGUCUUUGCUUUCGUAGUUACUAGGCCUGAUGGCAGCUACGAUGUGCCUGGAAAGGGUUACAAGGAGUACAGGGUUGAUGGCUACUCCAGCUGGCUUAGAAACCGCAUAGUUGACUCCAAGAGCUGGAAUAAGAUCAGGUCUUGUCUAGCUGACACCGAUGUUUGUCCUAAGCUAAAUCAACAAUACAUCACCGUUGAUCAAUUCUUUGCCGCUCAUCUCUCUCCUCUUCAGGCAAGAUGUUGUAAGCCUCCUACAGCCUGUGGCUACAAUUUUGUGAACCCAACUGUGUGGACGAACCCGACGAACCCAACUGGGGACCCUGACUGCUAUCUGUGGAGCAAUGACCAGACCCAACUCUGCUAUAACUGCAAAUCGUGCAGAGCUGGUCUGUUGGGGAACUUGAGGAGUGAAUGGAGGAAAGUGAACAUAAUUCUCAUAGUGGCAGUGGUGGUACUGAUAUGCGUCUAUGUAAUUGCCUGCAGUGCUUUGAAGAAUGCUCAAACGGAGGACCUUUUCCGUCGCUACAAACAGGGUUGGAUUUAAUAAAUCUUUCAAAACCCUCCCCGCUUUGUAAUUUUUCCAUUGCAAUUUGCUUGCUUUUACUUUCAUCUUUUUUGUUGAAUGCAUCUGUUAGUCAAUAAUGUCGUGUAUAUAUUCCAAUUC